AUGGGAGAUAAAGAAAAUAAUAACAAUAAUAAUAAUAAUAAUAAUAGUAGUAAUAGUAAUAAUAGAUCACCACCUACAAAUAAUAUAUCAUUAUAUUGUAAAGAUGUUAAGAAACAAAAGAGAUUAGCGAUGGUAUGCGCCAGUAAUCAGAAUAGAAGUGUAGAGGCACACAAUCUAUUCCUAUUGAAAGGUUAUAGGAAUAUUAGAUCGUUCGGUACCAGUGGUAACUGUAAGCUACCGGGACCUUCACAGGAUCGUCCCAAUAUAUUCCCGUUUGGCACACCGUAUCAAUCGAUACACGAGAGUCUCAGACAACAGAAUCAAGAGCUGUACACCCAGAACGGUAUUCUCAAUAUGCUCGAGAGAAAUCAACGAGUGAAACUAGCACCAGAGAAGUGGCAAGAAGAGCAGUUGGCUCGUUUCGAUAUAGUAUUCACUUUUGAUCAGCGUGUCUUUGAUAUGGUCGUCGAUGACCUUACACAACGCGAUAUCACAGCACCUAUGCAACCGGUGCACAUUGUCAAUCUACAAGUGAAGGACACUCACGAAGAGGCUGCUGGUGGUGCAUCACAUGCACUUCAACUACUCAACCUAAUCGAUGAAACCGAAGACAACUGGGAAGAUUCAAUGGAUGACAUAUUGGAAAAGUUUUAUAGAAAAACAGGUAGACAACUAUUAUAUACAUUAAUGUUUUAUUGA